GUACAAGACAGGCAAGCACUGCGGCUUGCCUGUCUUUCAAGCAUGCACUACAGUUUUGUAAUGAGGCUGAUGAUCAUUCAAGCCAGGUGACUUUGAAUGGUAACAGAAUAAUUAUGAUGUUACCCAAACUCGCUUACAUCUGAAACGUAUUGGGUGAGCUUCCAGGACCGGCCUUGUUUGGGUAAUUACGUUAUUCAUUUCCGCUACAUCACCCUUGUCCUUGACAUUGUUGAAUUUAGUGUGCUGAAGGCAUGGCUCAAGGGAAGCACUCUGUCAGUCGGUGCUCGCUACAAGCUACGCUUGGCGUUGUGUUGUGUAUGAUUGCAAGCAUUGGCAGGUUACACGUGGCUGGUGAAAGAUCGGCCGAAGGCCUAUUCCCAUUUCAGGACUACACACUGCCAAAUAGUGUCCGAAUUGAGGACUUCAUCUCACGACUCACCCUUCAAGAGAAGGCAGAACAGCUCGUCUCCAUGUCACCGAGUAUACCUCGACUAAACUGGACAGCAUUCAAUUGGCGCUCUGAAUGCUGUCAUGGAUGGGGAUUCACUGGCAGUGACUAUGAAGGCAGUGGAUGGAAUGGCACAGCGUCAGUGUUUCCACAGGUCAUUGGCAUGUCAGCCAGUAUGGAUGAGGAGCUGGUACAGGCAAUAGGACACGCUGCAGGCAUGGAAGGAAGAGCUGCUUACAACAAUGCAAAGAGACAGGGAAUCCAUGGCCAUAUGAUGACAGGCCUGCAUUGCUUCGGACCCACCACUAAUGCCAACCACGAUCCCAGAUGGGGUAGAAUCAAGCGUACGUGGGGCGAAGACCCCUUCCUGACGGGCACGCUAGCAUCAGCACAUAUCAAGGGACUGCAAGGUGGAGAUGAGAAAUACAUGAAGAUGGCGGCCGAUGUCAACAUGUUUGCUGUGCACUCUGGACCGGAUGCCAUACGCCAGCACUUUGACGCCAAUGUGUCUGACCGCGAACUGUUUGACUACUAUUUACCGGCCUUUGAGCAAACAGUCAAGGAGGGACAGGUCAGCUCAGUAAUGGUAGCCUACAGUGCCUUUCGUGGCAUUCCAGACAAUUGCAAUCCUCUGCUGCUGACGGAUGUCCUGCUGAACAGAUGGAACUUCUCCAUGAUCAGCUUCAGUGAUAACUCUGGCGUACUGGGAAUCGUGUCGACGCAGAAAUACACUUCAAGCUACGCAAAUGCUAGUGCGCUAUCGAUUAAUGCUGGACUUCAUCAAGACAUGGCCAGCGGUGGGCCAUCUAGCCAAGGUUGGAGAUACGGUGGUUGCAUAUGGAAUAAGUACCUUCCCCAGGCUGUCCAGGCAGGGCUAGCCAAGGAGAGUGAGCUAGAUGCAGCGCUACGCCGUGUGCUGGGUGUUCGGUUUGCUCUUGGCAGUGAGGAUCCCGACUGGCUUGUUCCCUUCAGUGACAUUGGUAUGGAUACUAUAGGGUGUCAGGCACAUUCUGAGCUGGCUGUGCAGGCAGCUAGGAAGUCCAUGGUCCUUCUAAAGAACAACAAGACGCUUCCCCUGACCAGCACAGCCACUGGAAAGAUACUACUCGUCGGGCCACAUGUCAAUUCAAGUUCAGUGUACUUUGGCGGCACAUACUCAGCUUUUCCAGCAAGACCAACAGGAACAAUCCUGGAAUGGAUGACGCAGCCGUCUCUGUGGCCUGACACGCAUGGCCUGCACAGUUCUGUCAAGAAUAUGGAUGUUCAGUAUGUGCCUGGAUGUCCAGAAGUUACAUGCCCUGACAAGAGUCAUUUUGCUGAAGCCAUGGCGGCCGCACCACAAGCCGACUUCAUAGUAUACGUUGGUGGCAUUGACGGCAGUCGAGUGGAACGAGAAGGCGGUGAUCGUGGAACAGAAUCAUCCAACUGGAUCAAGUCACCAUUCCCCUGCGAGAAGGAGGACACAGAUUCCCUUAGUCUUCCUGGCUGUCAGGAGCACUUGAUAACACAGCUGUCUAGCACUGGUAAACCAGUGAUUGUAGUGCUGAUGAACGGUGGCCCGGUUUCCUGUAUCAACUGCUCAUUAUAUGCAAGUGCUGUCUUGGAGACAUUCUAUGCUGGACAGUCUGGACCUCAAGCUAUUGUAGAGACGCUAUUUGGUUUGAACAGUCCUGCAGGAAGAAUGCCAUACACCACCUAUAUGCUGUCUGAUCAGCUGCCCAACUUCACAGAUUAUGAGAUGGCCAAGCCUAACAAUGACGGGCGUACAUAUCGCUAUAUCAGUGCCAGCACUGCAGUACUGCACCACUUUGGUGAUGGUCUCACCUACACGCUAUUCAAGUACACACAACUACAGAGUACAGCAUCAAUCCAGCCUUGUGCUUUGUUCAACAUCAGUGUCACUGUCACCAACAUUGGCAAUUGUAGCAGUGAUGAGGUGGUUCAAGUUUACCUAUACACUGCACCAGAAAUAGCACCUGAGGUGCGCCUUCCAACUCGAUCACUGAAGAGCUUCAAGCGCAUCAACCUGGAACCAUCUCAGUCGACGACAGUUGAGUUUUGCCUCUCACCGUAUGCACUCAGUAUGGUUGAUAACACGGGACAGCGACAAAUCUACCCAGGAUCUUACAAUUUUAGUGUUGGGGGACAUCAGAUUGAGGGUGCUCUUUCAUUCGAUGAUGUCAUUGAGGGCAAAGUCAGUAUUGGUACUGGCCUGGCCAAUGGAAUGUCAGCACUGGGAUCACCUGUACCACUCUCUUCUUGUUCAUACCAGCAACUGAGAUGUUAGCAGCAUGCAAACACACACACACACACACACACACACACACACACACACACACACACACACACACACACACACAUACACACACACACACACGUGCACACACACACACACACACGUGCACACACACACACACACACGUGCACACACACACACACACACACACACACACACACACACUUGCACAAGGGUAUACAUACACAUCUAUAUUGACUUGCUAGUCCAAAAUACCAAAAUUUGUUUGCUCUUCCAAGGAUGUACUAUUUUAGAAAGCACAAUAGCACAAUUAUCCAGCCUUACUACUCACAGUCGUAGCACAUUUCCUAAUCAUUCUUCCCCAAGUCCACUGCUUAUCACAACA